AUGCAUCCACUGUUGGAGUACCUCAAGAGUCCGGAGCUGGUAGUGAAAGUGCAGGAAUAUUUCGGUAUUGAAUAUCGGCACCACAAUUCCCCGGGCAAGAACACCAAAUUAACAAACGCACAAAAUGGCAUAACCAAAACCAAAGCAGAAGCUACCACGAACGGGUUCGCCAUGAAUCACGCGGAUGGGAAGAAGAUGGAUGGAAAUGAUAAACCUUAUCGGGUGACGAAUUACUUCUGGUACGUGCUAUUCAUCAUUGGGACCGAGCUCGGCGAUGAGUUAUUCUACGCCACGUUUAUCCCGUUCUGGUUUUGGAACAUCGAUAGUGCCGUGGGCCGGCGCGUCGUCAUGGUAUGGUCGGCGAUUAUGUACGUAGGACAAAGUCUUAAGGAUAUUAUUCGCUGGCCUCGCCCAACGUAUCCCGUGGCUCGAUUGCAAAAGAAAUGGGGUCUCGAGUACGGCAUGCCGUCAACUCACGCAAUGGUCUCUGUAGCGAUACCCUUUUCGGUGUUAAUUUACACAUAUGAACGCUACAUCUACUCUAUGCCGGUUGGAUUAGCCAUUGCUAUCGUGUGGUGUGCAGUGAUCUGUACCAGCAGGGUGUAUCUAGGCAUGCACAGCGUGUUGGACAUAAUCGCGGGACUAAUACUGGUCGUAUCCUUGAUGAUUCCUUUGAUCCCGAUCGUUGACCGAUUGGAUCUUAUAAUCGUUACUUCCCGCUGGUCGCCAAUAUUCGUACUUUCCAUAUCGAUUCUGUUGAUCGUGUUUUAUCCGGAUUCGGGAAAAUGGACACCAACCAGAGGUGAUACUGCGCUUACAGUAAGCGUUUGCGCUGGCAUCGAAAUCGGCGCCUGGUUGCAUUAUCAUUUAGGAGAAUUCCAACAGCCGAUCCAACCACCACCGUACGAAAUUAUAUGGCCAUCCUACAGCAUGUUCGGAUUGCUGCUGUUGCGCACAGUACUCGGUCUGUGCUGCAUCGUGGCGUCCCGUGCGUUUGCAAAAUCGAUCUCAUACGCUUUCGUAUGUUUCAUCCUUGGACGGGACAAAAACGAACUUCGCCAGUCGGAAGAUACGCUCGAAAACAAGAACAAAAUUAUUGUCGAACUGUCCUACAAGCUGUUCACAUACGGUGUAAUCGGGUUCAACACCCAGUACCUGCUGCCCAGUGUGUUCAAGCUGUUGAACAUUGGCCGACCAGAUUUCUACACGGAAAUCUAAUAACCGCACAUCACCAAAUGUUAUACAUCGACUUACGCGACAGGUGAAGAUGUCGUAGCGUAAAUCUCCGCACAUUCCAUCCAAAAAACCCCGAAGCAGUGAGCAAAUUAGUAUGUAGGCAAGCAUGAUCACCUCAAAUCAAUUCUUCCACAGAACGAUACCAACAGGACGGUAUCACACCUAGUUGUAGUAUACACGUUCUCCACUAUUUCUUAAACUUUCAAUCUUCAACUACACACACUCACAUUCUAUCACACAAACAAUUAGUGCUAGUAUCCAUUAAGAGAAAAUAAUCGCAAACGAAUCUUCAUUCGUAAUUUAUCUCCUUAAAAUGCAACUUACUUGUACACGUGGAUUACUAUUUUUCAUUUCCUGUCCCAUUCAAUGAUUCAAUUUUAAAGGGUUUUCUAAAACGAGAAUGCUUAUUAACCCAUAGAUAGCAGGUGGAAAUUCUGCAAGCUACACAUCAAUUUAAAUUUUCUCCAAGUGCUUCCCUCGCCCCCAGUUGGGAAGCAAAUAGACUCUUCCUAGCAAACAGGAUUAGGUAUAUCAGACUAGGUGCAAUACGGAAUAACUUAAUUGCCGAGCUUAGGCAUUUUUUUGCAAUUCACAAACGGAUAUUCGUCCUGCCAGAACACACAAUUGCGUGUCACACUAAAUGACCAGCCCCAGGUGGUGUGUUCAGAUUUAAAGUAUUCUAGUCUAAGCAGCGAUAGAGGAAUGAAGAAACAAUCACGACAGUGUCAGACAUCACGUAAAGCCCUUGGAAUCAGCCUUCAAUUAACGCGUAUGUUGCAGAUGCACUGCAGCAGCUGUUAAAAACAAAUAUCACAAUUGCGAGGGAGUGAACCGUGAAGAAGAUGUAAUAGAAUCAUUUGUAGCAUUGAUUUGAUGAAGAUAGAUAAUGAACUAGAAGCUUCCAGCUUUUUAUCGCAUUCAGCAGCUGGUCCACAAGUUGAAGUGGAAACAUUUCAAUAAAUAAAUGAAUUA